UUUAGUGGACGGGACGUUCAACAACAGCUUGUCAGACACCUCGGUAGCUUUCUAGCAAACAUAGCUACAACAUUCACGCUCUUUACACUGUUUUGGUGUAUAUUAAACACACUUCUGUUGUAUGUACUUGUUGGCCCAUUCAAUUAUAUAUUUACGUUGUUUGUCAGCUAGCUGAUUUGCUAAGGUAGCUUGGACCUAGGCUAGUCGCUGAUGCUAGCUUGCUAACAUCUCCGAGCAUGAGUUCACUAAGCUACUCUCCUGAUAAAGAAGACGAGGUCUGCUGGACGGAGAAAGAAGCUCUGGUGAAAGAGGAGGAGGAAGAGGAGGAUGUUACAAUACAAAAACAAAUAGAGGGUGAAACUAUUACCAUUUCAGUGAAAGAAGAGGAAGACCCGUUCAGAGUGAAAGAAGAGGAGGAUGUUAUAGUAAAAGAAGAGGAGAAAGAGGAGGAGGGGGUGAUUUCUGUCACAUUGGAGGGAGAAGAGGAGGUUGGAGAUCUGUUUAACACCAGAGAGAGACGGGACUACCGUGGGUCCUCUGGGGAGCCUCAACAACCUCAUGAUGCUGACGAGGCAGAGAAGAGUCUCUCCAGAUCAGAACACCUGCAGAGAUCCACAGGGAAGAGAAUUCACUGCUGCUCUGACUGUGGGAAGAGAUUCACCUCCUCAUCAGGCAUUCAAAUUCAUCAGAGAAUCCACACAGGAGAGAAAUCUUAUGGCUGUGAUCAAUGUGGGAAGAGUUUUGUUCAAUAUCGCCAUCUGAAGAUACACCAGAGGACACACACAGGAGAGAAAUCAUAUAGCUGUGAUCAAUGUGGGAAGAGUUUUACUCAGCUAAGCAGCCUGAUAUCACACCAGAGAACACACAUAAGCGAGAAACCUUAUAGCUGUACGCAAUGUGGGAAGAGUUUUACUCAGCUAAGCAUCCUGAUAUCACACCAGAGAACUGUUGUGACGUUGUAUUAGUUAAUGUGACGACUGUUGCUCAUCGAAUUAUUAAAUGUUUCUAAUUGCGUGCUGAAAUGAAUCAAGCAAUUAUUAACUCAUUAACCUGGGGCACCAUGGGAAAAUUAGUUUUAUUGAGUUUCUAUUUCCCAAAUUAACUCAAAGAAUAUCAGAAUAUCGAUUUUAUAACCUUCGCUAAUUAAUCAGUUUCCUUUACAAUCUCAUUCUGAACGUCGCAUAAUCCUUCAAUCUGCGCAAACCCGAGUCCCACCAAUGAGUUCGUACCACACCAAUCUUAGUUGAGUAUUUAUUUACUAGAAAGCUAAAAUGAUGAUAAAAGAUACACAUACACCAAAAACACAGUCUAGGCUAUUGAUUAGAACGUAGUAUUAUGGGCCAACACACUAUGGCGCGUGUUACCCAAAAUGGGGAUUUAAAAGAGAGAGAAAAAGUGAAAGCACACGAGAGAAAUAUACAUUUGGAUGCAUUUGUCAGCUAUGCUUAUUUUAACCCUAGCCUUGCCCCAAACUGCCGCUCUUAUGGGUCAGAAUAUUAUGAUGUAAUUACGUGUGGCAGGUCUCAGAUGGGAAGCUCCGCGUGGGUCGCUUUGGCUUCUCAAUGACGCACUUCUCCGGCGCAACUCUCUGGUCAUCCUCACGAUGUCAGUGUUCAUUUGGUCUGAUUCCUCGCCCUUUCUCUGGGAGGAGUCUUCUGAGGACAGACAGAUCUGUAGCUCAGGGCUCACAGCCUAGGAAUGAAACAGUGUAUAUACCACGAUUCAAUGGAGAGUGGAGGUUAGGUGGUCCGGCUUAAAUUCACCCGCUAAGACACAGCUACUCAUCAGUAGCAUGGGUAGAAAAAUAUUUCUUUGUCUUCAACCUUGGGUUGAGUUUUGGGUUCGUUUACUUUUUAGACCUAGGCUGCAGCUUGGGUCACUUAGUCUGAUCUGUUCAUUCUGACUCACAGGUCUUAUACCCUCGGGUCAGAAGUGGGCGUAACCGCCUUCAGGGCAAUUCUCUGGGUGUACCAAGUUAAGAGGCAUGGUCUAGAUUUUACUCAAAUCCAAUUUUAGACAACUAACUUCACAUUUCAACUUUACCAAAACAUUCUCUUUGAUUUGAACAUUUUCCACACAAUGUCCAAUGAAUAAACAUCAAGUGUAUCCUAGGGAAAUUCUUAAAGUUACAAUGUUUUGGUAAAGAUAUUGUCCUUUAACCUUUAAUAACCAGACAAAAAUGACAUACAUUUUCAUAUUCCAUCUAGCGUCAUGACCACCAUUGUGGCUGAUGGAAACCAUUGUUCCAAAGUCCCUUUAUUGCAUGUUCAAUGUUCUGAGGCUGGUUCUCCAUAGUGAAAGGAAUGUUGUCUGUGGCCUAAGAUUUACCUUGGGCGUGAGGGGUCAUAAAACCCCCACAUCUUCAGACCCCUAGAUCUCUCCUCUGUUGGGGGUGAGAGAUUAUCUGUAGGGUUGUGGUCUCCUGUAACCUGUCCUGAUCAGGACAGUCAUGACAGAACACACACAGGAGAGACACCAUAUAGCUGUGAUGAAUGUGGGAAGAAAUAUUUUAGCUGUACUC